AAAGGCAAAGAACAAGAAAAGACCACAGAUGUGCAAGCAAUUAAAACUCCAAUACCGGUACAUUCCCCGCAAAGAAGCACUAGAAAUCAUGCCUUGCUGGAGGCUGCAGGACCAAGCCAUGUGGCAAUUAAUGCCAUCUCUGCCAACAUGGACUCUUUUUCUAGCAGUCGGACAGCUGCCCUUAAGAAGCAGCCAAGUCACAUGGAAGCUGCUCAUUUUGGAGACUUAGGCAGAUCGUGUCUGAAUUAUGAGGCUCAAGAGACCAAAUCAAGCCUUUCAAAGACCCUUGAACAAGUUCUGCAGGACAAUGUAGCCCUCCCUUAUUUUAUCCAGUUUAUGGAACUACGCAGAAUGGAACACUUGGUUAAGUUUUGGUUAGAGGCUGAAAGCUUCCACUCCACAACAUGGUCCCGUAUAAGAGCACAUAGCCUGAACACAGUUAAGCAGAGUUCAUUGGCAGAGCCAGUGUCACCCUCAAAACAGCAGGAAAUUGCGUCGUCUUCUCCACCUGGAUUGCUUGAGGAGAGACUGGAGGAUUCUAGCACAGUCCAUCUGCUCAGGACCAAGCCAGUGGCUUCGGACAAGAAUGACAGAACUGGCAACAGCCAGAAACAUGUGCUCUUGGGUCAGGAGAGUGAUAAUAUGAGUGUUCUUUGUCUAAGGAAGUCUGAGACGGGGACCCAUUCUCUUCCAGCUGAUCAGCAAGAAUCUUCCAAGCUUACGGUAUCAGAUAGAAACAGCCCCUCCUCUGCACUAAAAGACUUGUCAGGAAAACUAAUGAAAAGUAUAGAACGGGAUGCAGUUAGUACUUUUACCAAAUAUAUUUCUCCAGAUGCUGCUAAACCAAUACCUAUUACAGAAGCAAUGAGAAAUGACAUCGUUGCAAAGAUUUGUGGGGAAGAUGGACAAGUGGAUCCUAACUGUUUUGUUACAGCACAGUCAAUAGUGUUUAAUGCAAUGGAACAAGAGCACUUUAGUGAAUUUUUGCGAAGUCAUCAUUUCUGUAAAUAUCAGAUUGAGGUGCUGACUAGUGGGACUGUUUAUCUGGCUGACAUACUUUUCUGUGAAUCAGCCCUGUUCUAUUUCUCUGAG